GGUCACUAGCGGCAGUGCCGGGAGCAGCGGCAGACAUGACGGCAGCAGCCAGCACCGCACGGCCUCGGAGCCUGCUGCUCCUGCUGGCACCGAUGCUGCUGGCCUCCCUCCUGACGCCCAGUCUGGCCGUCUCAGACCACGGGCUGCCUCAGACCACAGUCCCAGUCGGCGCCGACUGGGACUGGGAGUUCCUGAACCUGUGGCCCAGACUGCUGCACAUCCGUCGCCAGUUUGACCGCGACGGAUUUCCGCUGCAGACGGACGGAGAGCCACCAGCGGUGACAGGCACCGGCAAUAAGUCAGGUGUGCUGAGGACACUAGAGCUGGAAGAUGAGGACGGCGGCUACCAGACAGCAGCCGUCGCCCACCGGCGCCCUCACAGUGACGGGCCCACACCGCGAGACGAGGCCGUCGCCCGCACGCUCGGACCGCUUAUAACACCGAUCGCCAACACCCAGCUCAGUGCCGAAUGCUACAGAGACAGCCAGAAGUAUAUUCAAAGCAUCUUCACUGAGCUGUGGGCGCUGCGCAUGUUUGACGCCACUGGAAAGCUACCGGACGGUGUACUGAUCGGCAACGUGUACCCGAUGGGAAACUGGGAUGAGUGCCUGAACACGACGGCGCACUACACCACAACCAAUCCCAUCACUAAAGAAAAAACUGAGCACAGUUUUGAUGGAAAGUAUUGCGCAGUUCUUUUGUCAAACAUUGACAAAGAUGAAGUUUCUGACAAGCGUGCGGCAUAUUCAGGGAGCCGAGUUGGUUUAACGCCUUUUGUUCCAGCUAUCCCAACACUGUUCCGGCCCACGGAAGGCGUUUGCAUACCUUCCAGCUGUUCAAGUGCGGAGUUAAUGGUUGGUCUUAAUCAGGCGUUGAAUAGCGAGGGAGUUGCUGCUUACACCAAUGAUGACAUGUGCUACACGCAAGACCAGAAGACCGAACUCUCCCCGGAAGCUAUCGUCAUGAUCACCAUUCUAUCGAUAGUCGGAUUUUUUAUGCUGGUGGGAACAGUAUUUGACGUGCUGAUGUCCAAGUUUGCCGAUUGGACACCUAGUGUUUGGGUGAAACGCAUGCCUGUCACGCUUCGCAAGGUCUUCACUGCUUUCUCAGUGUACACAAACGGACGGAAACUGCUAGACACUUCAUCCACCAAGGAAACUUUGGGCUGCUUGCACGGGAUUCGCUUCUUCUCCAUGACUUGGGUCAUUCUGGGACACACGUAUUUCCUUUGCUUACUUGCUCAAAACCAGAAUACGGUAAAACUAGUGUCGUACUUUGACGACUGGUUUUUCGGAACUAUCGACAAUGCAACUGUAUCCGUAGAUUCCUUUUUCUUUUUGAGCGGACUCCUCGUGGCAUACAUAGCUAUGCGCAACAUCGAAAGAGCGCACGGUAAGCUGAACAUAGUGAUGUUCUACGCUCACCGGUACAUCAGACUCACGCCCGUCUUGAUGGCCAUAAUCGGUUGCGUGGCCACGCUGGAAAUGUACCUGGGCUCAGGACCCUGGUGGAGCCGAGCAUCUGAUGGAGUCAGCAGUGCUCAAAUCUGCCGUGACAACUGGUGGAAGAACAUGCUUUACAUCAACAACCUGGUAGACAUGGACCGACAGUGUAUCGGUCAGACCUGGUACCUCGCUAACGACAUGCAAAUGUUCCUGUUCUCGCCUCUUGUGCUCCUUCCGCUCUACCACUGGCCUGUGCUGGGACAACUGUGGAUCAUCUUUCUCCUCUGCUUCUUCAGCGGCAUCAAUGCCAUGGUAACAGUUAUCCACAACCUGGGCCCUACUGGUUCGCUGCCGGAUGGCGACAAUAAAAAUUUUCGUUACCAGAGGCCAUGGGCACGGAUAGGUCCGUACCUGGUCGGCCUCUACAUGGGCUGGAUUCUACACAAAAUCCGCGGUCGCAAGAUCGUUCUUCCCGCCCCCUUGGUGGCCAUCGGUUGGCUGACUUCGUCGCUCACAGCCUGUUUGAUCGUGUAUGGGCUCUACGACCAGCCAACCGUGCCGCCCCAGACGACCAACAUCAUCUACCCCAUGCUCAGCCGCACUGCCUGGAGCGUCUGCCUGGCAUGGGUGGUGUUCGCUUGCGUCACUGGCUAUGGCGGUGUUGUCAACUCCAUACUGUCGUGGAAGGCGCUCAUUCCGUUUAGUCGCCUCACGUACACGUCAUAUCUUGUAUCCAUCGAUGUACAGUUGUUAUACUGGCUGACUAGCAAAUCGCCGCAAUACUUGGAUCACCUGGUGCUGGUGUACCAGUUCCUUGGGUCGCUGCCAGUCAUAUUCACCGUCGCCACAGUGUUCUCGCUGGCGUUCGAGUCUCCAAUGCUGGCUUUGGAGAAGCUGAUAUUUCCUCAACCGUCUCGUGCGGCACCAGCUGCAGCCGCCUCCAAAGGACCGACUGCCGACGACGCGUUGCUGAAGACCACUGAGCCGGGUGCGGUGGGAUGGCUGGAGCACGUCAACAAGGCCUUCGAAGGGGAGGGAGACGGCCCGCCAGCGUCAGCCGAGCUGCAUCAUGACGAGCCUGGUAGCGCGGCCACUGCAGGAACUGAGGUGAAGGGGUGACGUGGGACCUCGUGUUGGUCAGGGGUAGUCUGACAGAAUAUGGAUUCGGACCCGGGACCAAUAACGACUCGUGAUGCGAUGAUACAUAGAAUAGGUAGGCUAAGUAUGGCUGUGGCCAGUUUUUCUUCCCCUUUGUAGAUGUUGCUAAUGGUUCAGCGUUUUCAGACUUGUAAUAACUAAGAGGCUUUCUGGAGAUGUUUCGUCGGUAGCAAAUGGUAGUCGUUUACGCCUUACGAUAUGUACACGAUAUGUAUACCUAUAAUAUAACUGUCAUCUCGAGUGUUA